CGGCAGCUUUACUUGAACACGAAAAAAUAAACAAGAAAUGCGUAGCAACGGGACUUGAGCCCUCGCUAAUACACCAGAUUGACUUGAACGAGCUCUAAUUUGCCGCACUGGGUUCCCGUAGCGGCAUCCUGGGACGCAGCUUAUGGGAAACCAAGUCUUGUAAUGACAGUUAUUUCGUUUUUGCCCUCAUAUAUCGCACAUUUUCAAGGGCUUGUCGCUUACAAGACGACUGCAAGGUCCCUCUUGGCAUGGCUCGGUGCCUAAAGUGGUGAAUAACCGAGGCUACGUCUUCACAGGAGCUCCAAAUACGAAAGCAUCGCACAGGCUCAUGGCAACCAUGGAAAGUGAAUCGCUGGCCGAGCGCAUUUUGCAAGAUCUCGGAAACGUCUUCAAGAAGGAACCAUUUGUGAAGGAGUUCGAUGUGGUGCCAGUAAGCAACUCGUCGUGCAAUCGUAGUCCAGUGGUGUGCGUGGAUGGUCAUUUGGCUCUUGGAAGUUGGUGCGUUCCUCAUGUGUAUAGUUAUGCAUACACAAAGCUGAUUGAAGCACGCAACAACAUUGCAAGGCACGAAAAAGAUAUCGUUCUUGGAUGGUCAAGAAUAAUUAUUCUCAUAAACCCAGAUGUACAGUUGGCCUGGAAUAUCAGGAAGGAGCUCUUCUUGUGCAAGCAGACAACAUUUCAAGAGGAGCUGAAGUUUUCUCAGCUUGUCCUGACACGAAAGCCGAAGUGUUCAGAAGUGUUCUCGCACAGGCGAUGGCUUAUGCAACAUAACCUACGAAGCUACACCACUGACCGCGCCAACAACAUUCUACAAGAGGAGCUCAAGGUGUGCCUCCUGGCUGCCGAAAAGUACAGGUGCAACUACUAUGCCUGGACGUACAGGAUAUGGCUUAUGGAUACCUUUGUUCAUGGCAACCCUCUUAUGCUGGAAUCUGAGAUUCAACUGACACGCGAGUGGGUCCGUGGUCACGUGUCAGACUGCAGUGGCUUCCAUUACCGGCAGUACCUGUUGCGCCGUGUGGGAAGCAUUCCACUGCUGUCUAAGGAGCUGGCCCUGUGUGAGGAGCUCUGCCUCUCGUUCCCUGGCCACGAAGCUAUCUGGAUGCAUCGACGCUUCUGUCUCUGGCAUCUUCAUCCGACUGCCACCAACGGGGAGACACAGGCCAAAAAGGCUCGGGGUGCCAGUAACUGGGCUGAAGCCGAGGAGGCUUUUCUGCAUCGAGUGUCGGGUUGUGGCGAGUGGCAAGACGAGCUGGUGGUACGUCAUGUCCGCUGGUUACGCAGCGUCUUGGGCUGGACAGGGACGGCACCGUGACAGCAGCAAAGCAACAGCUCUUGUGGCAUGUGCCGGGAAAGAAACAGCUGUGAUUUCUUGUCUCAGGAGAAAAAUAUUUGGGCUCCUGGAGUAGUCAGAACAGAAACAGAAGCAUAAAGCAUACGAAGGGCGGCCAGAACUUCGUGCGGUUGUGAAUUUGCCUUCCACGGUGAGUGAUGGGCUUCAGUGAGUGACAGGACACCAUGGUAGUUGAGCAGCAGCCCUCCUGGUGUACGUGUGCUGGAAGAGAGGAAUGGCUGUGAUUUAUUAUCUCAGGAGCAAAGAAAAAAAAAUGCGGGCUUCUGCACUGGCAAGGAGUGUGACUGAGAGCAUGUGGUCAACGUGCUUGAAGGAGCCAGGGGCAUGUGCACUCGUGCCAAAGAAGUGCAUGUUAUGACUUACAUGCAGAAACAGUUUUAUCGGAUGCACUUUAGUCACAGUACUGCUUGACUACUGGACUUGUGAAGUUGUCAGUGGUGCUGCUUGUGUGUCGGCUUCCAUCGACUAAGAUGGUGUCAGUCAUUGUAAAGAACAAAAAUGCUUGCAUGGCUGCAUCAAUGUUAUUUGCUAAGUGUUGCUAACUUUCAGGUGUUAAUAUGGGCACAGCUAUUGCACGUGCUCUUACACGUGGAAUUUUACCGAGGUGGGUAAGUAGAGUAGUCCAUGCAGACCAUUCCUUGUGUUAAGUCUAGUUGAGAGGCGUUGCAAGAUGUAAAAGCUUGCUUGUGAUUUUGUUGGGCUUUCCCAGAACAGUGGUUACUCAGUCAAGUGUUGUUUCUUUAAAAAAUGAGACAUCAAAACUAUGGAAGAAGAUGUUACUGUUUACAAAGAAGCUGGUUGAAAAAUGUGUGGAACUGUGCAUGCCCGCAUGCUGAGGGCACUUUUUGGUAUUUGAGCUGAUUUGGGUAACUCCUUUCAACUUGGGGUUAGCCAAAUAUAGUCUGAACGAAGAGCAGCUACUGGUUUUGUGGAAUACACUGAGUUUUUGCAUAUAUCAUUUAUACCUAACGAUUGCAUAAAUGACAUAGGUUAUAUUAAAAACCAACCACCUUGAAUAGCUCUUAGCACCCAUUGAUUCCUUAGGACUGAAAGUGAUAAGUGCAUCAAGUUCAGUCCAAAGCAGAAGUCAAAAAGUUUAGCAGCAGGCAAUUGCAUUGUUGCUCUUUAUCUCUUGGUUCAAAAGCCUAGACACUUUGCCACCUAACGUAAUGACUGUAUAUGACAUUUCCAUAGUCUUCAAAAUAUUAUAGCAUGUGUGAUCCUAUAGCCCCUUUCAAGAAAAAAAGGACACCUACAUGGUGACACUUUUUAGCAUCUCAGCAGACACAGAAAGAGCCACCAGAGAACAGCAAGCUAACUCUCUUUAAGUGCAAAGCUGUUCAUCACAGUUCCAAGUGUCUUUCCGUACCCAAAGCUCCGUGCCCUGCUUGCAUUCUUUUGUGCUCUGAUUAAGUUCUUUUGUAAACCUUUCUGCUUUCUUUUGUGUGCCCAGCAGUUUGUGUCCCCCACCUUUGGCUGUGCGAAGCCUAAGACUUCCAUGGCCCCUUUUGCCAUUGAUGCAAAAACGCUUUUGUGGGUGCAGUCCUUAUUGAAUAAUUCAGAGCACAUUACUGGAUGGUGAAAUUGCUGUUAGAGCUUUAGUUUUGUCGAAAAGUGCCGUCAUCGACAAAUGAGGACUAAUUAUUUGCUUGCUUCGGGGCCUACACCACUUUUUAUGACUGGAGUGGUGCGAAAUUGCACUCUCAAGUGAUGACUCAUAGGAGGUGUUCUGCUUUUCAACUUGCACUUUCCCAUUCGCAUUUCAUUUCACCACUACAGCACUGUGUUAUCCUGUCAUUAGAAGCAUAGCAAAUACUCAUUUUAGAGAAUAUCCUUACCUGCGGUGUAGCAUCUUGCACUUAUUCAGUUAUUUGGAAUAUGUUCUUUUAGGUCUGUCACAAAGCUCCUUGUUAUUUCUGUUGAUCUGCUUUUGGAAUUAGGAACUAGAAUGCCGUUGCUGUUCUCUGUAAUUUAGGAUGUAAUCCUUCAUGUUUCAUUGAUUGCAAAUACUUCGGAUUUUUACCAUACCUUUAAUUCAGGCUCUGCAAUAUCUUGAAUUCACUUUAUGGGAAUUUUAGUCAGAAAAGGGCUCUGCAAUACAUUUUAACUUCAUUAUGCAAUGUCUUUGGUAUAAAAGGGCAGUCGUAUUGCAGACUUCCUCUUGAAAUAAUUUUUUCCCCUUUGUUUUGUAUCAGCAAAGCAAUGAGUUGCAUAAUGUCUUUGCUCACCAUGGCUUCAGGGCUUUUCCUCUCCUUCUAAGCCUUCCAGAAUGUUAGAUGCUGCAAAUCUCUGCUAGUGAGAGCAAUGGUUUGCCCAGUGACACGUCAUCAUGGUGUACUCUUAGUUCCUUUUCUAUCUUGCAUGCUUCAUUCAGUUACAAUUAGCUAUAGGUGCACACUUUGUUCUUUUGCUUGCUGCUUUGACCCUUUUUCAAGUGUUUGAAGUAUCUGCCCCAGUUGUUUCUUCUAUUGUCAGGAGGGAUCUAACUAGUAACUAUUUUGUACCAGUUUAUCUCACUUGACCUGAAUUAUGACAGGGAAUUUCAAACAGCGGUGAGAGAGAACAAGCUACCUUUUCGGCAUUGUGUGUUUUCUGCAGCAUGUGGAUGCUAAGUAGUUGAGCUGGCUGUCGAUGACAUUAUAUGGUGAGUGGGCUGGUCUAAAUAGUCUGCCUUGUUCAAUAUGUGUUGCAGGGCACAUUAAAAAUGCCCAUGUUAACUCUUUUCUGCAGCUAUGUAAACUUGCAUAUCCUUUUAUCUGUUGACGUAAGCAUAGCCCUCAGAGUGUCGGCUUUGUCCUAGCUUGCCUGAAAUGUGGCUCACAUGUCGAUGAGGGACUGAAGUAAACUUGCAUAUCCUUUUAUCAGUUGACAUAAGCAUAGCUCUCACAGUGUCUGCUUCGGCCUAGUUGGCACUAAAUGUGGCUGACGUGUGAGUAAGGUGAUGAUGUGUAAAAUGUUCAAGGAAGCAUUAAAGCUAUGAUGAAAGGCUGAAAAGCUGCAGACGAGUCAUUGGACCUGUAGCAUGGAUCUAUUAUUUUUUACCAAGCUGGAAGGUCUGUACUUGCCAAUGUAAUUUGUACAGCUUCACCGUCCAUUUGUCUUUACCGAGGUCUCCCUUUGGUGCUUUCCUUUGUAAAAUUGCGGCAGCAGUUGUUGUUCACUACCUUAGUAUUUCUGAAACAGCACUUAUAGGCUGGUCAUAGUUGUCUAGAACUUGUGGUUAUUUAGUGUUCUGGAUGCCCAGCAAAUGUAGUGAGAAAUUGUGUUAAUUAUUUUCGCAUCUUCUUACAACAGAUGGCUCAUAGUACCUCUGUCGGCCACAGGUGUUGUUUGGUGUAGUUGCUCUAGUGUCUUUUCGUGAUCAGUGGUUUGUGGCAUUUCCGUUGCUCUGAGGUUUAGUUUGUCAGAGUCAUGCAUAAAUCUCACAGCUUUUCUUUUGUGACGAGACCUUCUCACCUGUAAGGGUCGCCUUUAUUUUUUAAGUCAUUUUACUUGCCCAAACAAAGAGGGUUUUAGCCUCCACUCGAAUGUUUCCUUAGAGAUUAGCUUGGUCAAAGACAAUGUUCCUUCAAGUGGCAUCCUAGCUGAGAUGCUGUGGCAAAAGGGUGUGCACUGCCUAUUCAAAAGUGUAUCGUUUCCUCUUUGUGUACCCAUUUAGUGAUUGAUUGUGUGAUUUUUCUAUUUCAAGUUAAACAGUGUGUGAGAGACCUGGUGCAUGUUUAUUGCUUCUUACCUGAACCUUCUUUCUUUUUUUUGCAUAAAUGGUUUUGCCAGAGAUAUAUUACUUGAUAGUGUGUAUAUCGACUCACUAGUGCCAACAUUUAGUGCAGCACCUUGACUGCAGUGAGAGUAAUAGUAGUGUGUAGUACAGACUCAUAACAGUUUGCAGCAACAAAAUGAACUUUUUAAUUGCCAAUGAAACUGCGAGCCAUAGGCGCAAGGGGCACGUGAAAAAGCAGUAGAUAUUACAUUUGUACAUGAAGGAAAAAAAGAUGUCAAUGGGAACAUUCUGAUUAGCUGCAUUGAAUACAUUUUGCUCUUGCUUCUAGCAACUGUGGCCUGUGUACACCAUGUUUGAAUGCACGCAUUGUUAUCUAUCUGAUACAAAAAUUUCAUUCAAGCAAUACACGGUAGGUUAAUAGGUAAACUUGCAGACAGAAAGCUCUAUUUACCAUGUGUGCACAGUACAAACUGGUUGUACUUAUCUGUUGUUGACCUAGUUGUAUAUUUUUACUUGACACCAUGACAGAAGAGCCUAUCAGUUUUGUUAAAAUAAAGAAGAGAGUGUUUUUAACAGUG